UGUCUUUCCACUCCGAUGAUAUGAUGGUAUAGAUCUGGAAGGAUACCUGUACAGACUAUUGGCAUCACUACAGGAGCUGGCCUUCUGCCUAGACCACCGGUCGCUAUAGAAUUUAAUUAACCAAAAAUAACAAUACCCAGUCCACCACGGACACACAACACAUUGCGAGCGAACAUACCCCGAAUACCCUGCCACCAUGGCUCCCACAUACACUCCCGUCGCAUCCGACGACACCGACGACACUGUCGAGACCCUCUUCGCCGCACCUCCACAGCUCGCCGUCACCACGCUCCGGUGCGGGGGUAUGACAUGCGGCGCAUGCACAUCUGCAGUCGAAGCCGGGGUAGAGGGGCUACCCGGCGUCCAGAGCGUCUCCGUCAGCCUCAUCAUGGAGAGGGUCGUGGUGAACCACGACCCGUCGAAAACAUCAGCGGAGCAAAUUGCAGAGGCUAUUGAGGACCGCGGCUUCGAUGCGGAAGUCUUGACGACGGAUGUAAGAACGCCCACGUACGACAAGGCCCCCCCAUACGACUCGAUAGACGAGAGCGAAGUUGGCGCGCAGAUUACAACGACUACAAUUGCGGUGGAAGGCAUGACCUGCGGUGCGUGUACGUCAGCUGUCGAGGGGGGCUUCACAGAUGUCCCGGGGGUGAAGCACUUCAGUAUAUCAUUAUUAGCGGAACGCGCGGUUAUCGAGCACGAUGCGACGAUAUUAAGCGCAGCACAAAUUGCAGAAACUAUCGAGGAUAGGGGCUUUGGGGCUACGAUUAUUGACAGCCAACUGUCGACUCCGAAGCAUGCACAAGCGCACAGUGCCAACGAGACCCAGGUCGCGACGACAACGGUGGAGGUUCAAGGAAUGACCUGCGGCGCGUGCACAUCAGCUGUGGAAGGCGGAUUCCAGGACCUUGAGGGGCUCGUUCAGCUCAAUAUCAGUUUACUGGCUGAACGUGCCGUUAUCGUCCACGAUCCGGCAAAGUUGUCGCCGGAGAAGAUUGCAGAGAUUAUUGAAGAUAGGGGCUUCGAUGCUAGGAUAUUGUCAACGACUACGGGAACUUCAGAGCAAUCCAAUGCCAUAUCAAGUCAGUUCAAGGUCUUUGGGCUAAGAGAUGCAGCUGCGGCAAAUGGGCUGGAGUCUGCGUUACGUGCGAUGCCUGGAGUCACGUCUGCGUCAGUUAGCUUAUCUAACUCGCGGCUUACUGUCAACCACAAGCCACGCAUUGCAGGUUUGCGAGCACUGGUUGAGAAAAUCGAGUCUCUCGGUUUCAAUGCGCUCGUAGCCGACAACGACGAUAACAACGCACAACUGGAGUCCCUCGCCAAGACGAAGGAAAUCGCCGAAUGGCGCAGCGCCUUCAGGACAUCCCUGGCCUUUGCAAGCCCAGUAUUCUUAAUCAGCAUGAUCAUUCCUAUGUUCCUCAAACCCAUCGACUUUGGCAGGAUCCUGCUCUUCUUCCCAGGCCUCUAUCUUGGCGACGUUAUCUGCUUGAUUCUAACUGUCCCGGUGCAAUUCGGCAUCGGGAAGCGCUUUUAUGUUUCGGCUUACAAGGGGCUGAAGCAUAAAGCUCCCACUAUGGAUUUAUUGGUGGUUAUGGGAACUUCUGCCGCAUUCAUCUUCAGUGUUGCUGCAAUGCUCGUCUCGGUCUUGUAUCCUCCUCACACUCGCCCGAGUGUGCUGUUUGACACCAGUACUAUGCUUUUCACCUUUAUUUCUCUCGGCCGAUUUCUGGAGAACAGGGCGAAGGGCCAGACCUCGAAAGCGCUGUCGAAGCUCAUGUCGCUUGCGCCGUCAAUGGCGACUAUCUACGCCGACCCGGUCGCAGCAGAGAAGGCGGCGGAAAACUGGAGCAAAGACAGGAAUGAAGAGUCCGCAGAUAGCACUGCGUCAGAGGAGAAAGUUAUCCCCACUGAGCUUCUCGAAAUGGGCGAUGUUGUUAUUCUUCGCCCUGGAGACAAGAUUCCGGCUGAUGGGGUCGUCACCAACGGCGAGACUUAUGUCGAUGAGAGCAUGGUAACUGGUGAGGCCAUGCCGAUUCAAAAGUCGAAGGGCAGCAUGCUGAGCGCUGGUACCGUCAAUGGCGCCGGAAGAGUGGACUUCAGGGUCACCAAGGCCGGACGAGACACUCAAUUAAGUCAAAUCGUGAAGUUGGUACAGAGCGCUCAAACGAGCCGCGCGCCCAUCCAGCGACUAGCAGAUACCAUCGCUGGGUACUUCGUGCCUACCAUCUUGGUCCUCGGCAUAUUGACAUUCUCCGUCUGGAUGAUCCUGAGCCACGUCAUGCUCGACCCACCCAAGGUCUUCCUCGACGAGGCCAGCGGCGGCAGACUCAUGGUCUGCGUCAAGCUAUGCAUAUCCGUAAUCGUCUUCGCCUGCCCCUGCGCCCUCGGCCUCGCAACACCCACCGCUGUCAUGGUCGGCACCGGCGUGGGCGCCGGGCGCGGAAUCCUCGUCAAAGGCGGCGGGGCCCUCGAGACAGCCACCACCAUCACACAGGUCGUACUCGAUAAGACCGGGACCCUGACGAUGGGCAAGAUGAGCGUCGCGGAAGCUAAACUCGUCCCCGACUGGGACAGUACCGACGCACGUAAGAAGCUGUGGUGGUCCGCUAUCGGCCUCGCCGAAAUGGGCAGCGAACACCCCAUCGGAAAAGCCAUCGUCAGCGCUGCGAAGACAUCCCUCCAGCUCGGCCCCGCAGACGCCCUCGACGGCUCCAUCGGGGACUUCCAGCCCGUCGUCGGACUCGGGAUCAACGCCCUCGUCGAGCCCGCCUCAGCCUCUCGCACCCGUUACCGCGUGCUCAUCGGCUCGGUCCGCUUCCUCCGCUUCCACAACGUAGAAGUGCCGAAAUCCGCAAUCACAUCCUCGGAAGACAUCAACGCCCUCGCCACCACAUCUUCUAAACCGACUACCUCCUCAGGGACAACCAACAUCUUCACCGCCAUCGACGGCCGCUACGCCGGGCACAUCUGCCUCGCCGACACCCUCAAGCCCUCCGCCCCCGCCGCCGUCGCCGCUCUGCAUCGGAUGCGCAUCAAAACCGCCAUCGUAACGGGUGAUCAGCGCUCCACCGCCCUGGCCGUCGCGCGCGCCGUCGGGAUUCCAGCCGAACAUGUGUAUGCGGGCGUCUCGCCGGAUCAGAAACAGGCGCUGAUUAAGAAAUUCCAGGCUGCCGGGGAGGUCGUGGCGAUGGUGGGGGAUGGGAUCAAUGAUUCCCCCGCGCUCGCUACGGCGGAUAUCGGGAUCGCGAUGGCCUCGGGCACUGACGUCGCUAUGGAGGCUGCGGAUAUCGUCUUAAUGCGACCGAAUGAUAUGAUGGAUGUCCCCGGGGCGGUUGCCUUGGCGAAGGGGAUUUUUGGGAGGAUUAAACUCAAUCUUGCGUGGGCGUGUGGGUAUAACCUCGUCGGAUUGCCGUUUGCGAUGGGGGUUUUUCUGCCGUGGGGGAUGCAUCUUCAUCCGAUGGCGGCGGGGGCGGCGAUGGCGGCUAGUAGUGUUAGUGUGGUGGGGAGUAGUCUUUUGUUGAAGUUCUGGAGGAGGCCAAGGUGGAUGGAUGAUAUGGAGGUGGGUGAUAAGGGGGGGAUUGUGAAGAAGGGGAGGGGGUGGGGGAUUAGGGGAAGGAUUGGGGAGUGGGUUGAUGCUGUUAGGGGGAGGGGAGGGAGGAGGGGGGAGGGAGGGUAUGUGCUGUUGAGUACGUUGGAGGAGGGGGGGGUUGUUUGA